AUGGCGGCUUCCGCGGCCGGCCUGGGCGGCGGCGGCGCGGGCCCGGGGCCUGAGCCGGGAGAUUUCCUGGCGCGCUACCGCCAGGUAUCCAACAAACUCAAGAAGCGGUUCCUGCGGAAACCGAACGUGGCGGAGGCCGGCGAGCAGUUCGCCCAGCUCGGCCGCGAGCUGCGCGCCCAGGAGUGUCUGCCGUACGCAGCCUGGUGCCAGCUGGCGGUGGCGCGCUGCCAACAGGCGCUCUUCCACGGGCCUGGCGAAGCGCUGGCGCUGACCGAGGCCGCGCGCCUCUUUCUGCGGCAGGAGCGCGACGCGCGCCAACGCCUGCCGGCCGCGCUGGGUGCCUUCGCCGACGUGCUGGUCCGCUGCGAGGUGUCCCGCGUGCUGCUUCUGCUGCUCCUGCAGCCGCCGCCCGCCAAGCUCCUGCCGGAGCACGCGCACACCCUGGAGAAGUAUGCCUGGGAGGCCUUCGACGGCCACGGGCAGGACAGCAGCGGCCCGCUGCCCGAGGAGCUGUUCCUGCUGCUGCAGUCCUUGGUCAUGGCCACGCACGAGAAGGACACGGAGGCCGUUAAGUCGCUACAGGUGGAGAUGUGGCCCCUGCUGAGCGCCGAGCAGAACCACCUCCUGCACCUCGUUCUGCAGGAAACCGUCUCGCCGUCGGGCCAGGGGAUCUGAUGAAUCCCUGACGGGAACCCAGCCACGCUGUGUCUGUUCCCGAAACUCACGCACCGGCCUGCGCGUUUGCGGGAGCAUGAAAGACCUUGAUCCCAGCGCUUCUGCCUCUGCAGUGUAUCUUACUUGUCUUGCCACCGGAGGAAUGUUGUUUACUAAAGUCACCUUGUUUCCAUAACAGUGUCAGGAAAAAAAAAAAAAAAAAACAUAGAAUCGGAAGACACAGCUUACCUCACCAGGAAUUUCAGCAUAAACUUGAAAAUCCCUUGGGUCCCUUUCACCCAAUUGUCCCCUCACCCCGCUUCCCCCCGCCCCCAGAAGGCUUGCCUUUCCCUACAUCCUUGUUUCACACAGGAUUUAUUUGCGUAUCUCUGGCUUGGAACUCUAGCUGCAUGUUUUUCAUGGUGAAGCUGAUUCCUUAGCAUAUUCAGAUGUCUGCCUUCAUGAUCGCCCAGUUCCUCCUUUGUUUCAUGCGCCUCAUACGUUGGAAUCGUAUUCAGUCCUCUGCGGUUGUCACUACAGCCCUCAAUCUAUGAUAAAGCCUUUCUGACACUCCUGACUUGUGGUUUAGAUUGAUCUCCUCUGUAAAAUGGGAAUAGCUUAUCUACCUGUCAGAAGGCAGAAGCACAAACAGUUCCCUUUUAGAUCCGAGGUGGAUUCAUUCACUCGAAAUGGACACUGUGCCUAUGAAUCUACAGAGAUCAUUUGUGAUAUGGUCCUUAGCUGCAAUGCAUUUGUCUUCAAUGCAAAAGGGGUGGACCUCGGAGUAGGGGUGAGGGUGGGGUGAGCUCCAGUGCGAAAGUGUCAGAUGUGCACUGGAGUUUUCAUUUGUGGUUGUUCCGAGAGGUCCGGGUAAUCCACACGGGCAAGUUUUACUUGUAGUAUGGACCCUUCUACAAAUCUUCCUUUAACUCAAAUAUAUAAAAUUAGCAUGCUU